UCAAGCUCUCCAUCAGUCGUUCCAAGAGUGCCUCUGUCUCUCCUUCUCCCUCCUCUUCACUUCCAGAUCCUUCCUUCAUCCCUGCUGCUUCAUCUGAGCUCCUUCAGCUCUCCUCAACUCCCUCUUCAUCUCUUGACGCCAUGCGGAUCUCUCCAGUGGAACGUUCUGAUUGUCUGAGCACCCCUCCCCCAACUUCUGAUCCCCCGGGCGGCCCCGUUGUUGCUGGGAAGGAAACCACCAUAGAGAUUAGCAAAGGGAGUUUGGGCCUGGGCCUCAGCAUAGUAGGAGGAUGUGACACUCUGCUGGGGGCAGUAAUAAUCCAUGAAGUAAAUGAUGGAGGGGCGGCGCAGAGGGAUGGAAGGUUGCAGGCUGGAGACCAAAUAUUAGAGGUGAAUGACAUUGACCUGCGGCAGGCCACGCAUGACGAGGCCAUAGCUGUGCUGCGGCUCACCACGCAGCGUGUUCGGCUGUGCGUCUUCAGGCACCAGGAGGCCUACAGGGAAGAGGACCUGUGGGACGUCUUCAGUCUGGAACUGGUAGCUCAUCCUGGAGAGGGACUGGGAUUCACCACAGUAGGAAAGAG